AUGGGUUUGCCUUGGUAUCGUGUUCAUACUGUCGUAUUGAAUGAUCCGGGUCGAUUGCUUGUGGUGCAUAUAAUGCACACAGCUCUAGUUUCUGGUUGGGCUGGCUCAAUGGCUUUAUACGAAUUAGCAGUUUUUGAUCCCUCUGAUCCUGUUCUGGAUCCAAUGUGGAGACAAGGUAUGUUCGUAAUUCCCUUCAUGACUCGUUUAGGAAUAACGGAUUCGUGGGGUGGUUGGAGUAUUUCAGGAGGAACUGUAACAAAUCCGGGUAUUUGGAGUUAUGAAGGUGUGGCAGGUACGCAUAUUGUGUUUUCUGGCUUGUGUUUCUUGGCAGCGAUCUGGCAUUGGGUAUAUUGGGACCUAGAAAUAUUCUCUAAUGAGCGGACGGGAAAACCCUCUUUGGAUUUUCCCAAGAUCUUUGGAAUUCAUUUAUUUCUUGCAGGGGUGGCUUGCUUUGGCUUUGGGGCAUUUCAUGUAACGGGUUUGUAUGGUCCUGGGAUAUGGGUAUCCGAUCCUUAUGGACUAACUGGAAAAGUACAAGCUGUAAAUCCAGCGUGGGGUGCAGAAGGUUUUGAUCCUUUUGUUCCAGGGGGAAUAGCUUCUCAUCAUAUUGCUGCAGGGCAUACAUUGGGUAUAUUAGCGGGCUUAUUCCAUCUUAGUGUCCGUCCACCUCAACGUCUAUAUAAAGGAUUACGUAUGGGCAAUAUUGAAACUGUACUUUCCAAUAGUAUCGCUGCUGUUUUUUUUGCAGCUUUCGUAGUUGCUGGAACUAUGUGGUAUGGGUCAGCAACGACCCCAAUCGAAUUAUUUGGGCCUACUCGUUAUCAGUGGGAUCAGGGAUACUUUCAGCAAGAAAUAUAUCGAAGAGUUAGCAAUGGUUUAGCCGAAGAUCUUAGUUUAUCAGAAGCUUGGUCUAAAAUUCCCGAAAAAUUAGCCUUUUAUGAUUAUAUUGGUAAUAAUCCGGCAAAAGGGGGAUUAUUCAGAGCAGGCUCAAUGGACAAUGGGGAUGGAAUAGCUGUUGGAUGGUUAGGACAUCCCGUCUUUAGAGAUAAAGAAGGACGUGAGCUUUUUGUACGCCGUAUGCCUACUUUUUUGAAACAUUUCCGGUUGUUUUGGUAG